UCUUCUUUUUUUAAAUUAGGGCUAAAUCUCUGAGAGUCUUGACUCUCUCUGGACUCGAGGACGCAGCUACAACGAAAAGCCCACUUUUCCAGGUUAGGGUAGGGCUUCUACUCUCCUCAUCUUCUUCUUGUUCUCACUCAACGUUUCUGCUGGGCGAACAGACCACUCUCCAAUCCAGCGAUAACUUCAUCUCUUGCAAAGCUCUCCGGCUCCGGACGAGAAAAAGCACUCUAGUCUAGAAUCAUGUCUGGUAAAGCUGAAGCUGAAGGUAAUGAACCAAUCAAUGAGCAAGCAGUUGCCAACAUAUAUGGUGCCAUGAGGUCAGACAUCAACCAAAUUUACUCAAAAAUUACCGAACUAGAGAUGGAAGCAAGUGAGCACUCAUUGGUGAUGAAUGCGAUAAAACCACUUGAUCCAUCAAGGCGGUGCUAUCGUAUGAUUGGAGGCGUGUUGGUGGAGAGAACAAUUAAAGAGGUCUUGCCAGCUGUUCAGCGCAAUAAGGAGGGUCUUGAGGAGGUAAUUGCUCGACUUAAUGAGGCCUUGGAAAAGAAGAAAAAGGAAGUUGCUGACUUCGAGGCUAAAUACAAAAUUAGGAUUAGAAAGUCUGACGAAGUGCAGGAUGAUGCUGGGCGGAAGGAAGGCUCUGCACAGGGAGUUCUUGUUGGUCCUGCAGGUGGGAAUGAAUGAUUUGCUUUUAGGUUUCUCGAAUUCCUGGUGCUUUUCUUUGUUUUUGGAGGAUGUUAUCCAAGAACUUUUAAGCUUUUGUUAUGUGUACCAUAAUUUUGAGACUCGGGUGUUUGGUUGGGUCCUUUAAAUCAAAUGCAGCAGAUUAUUACAACGUUUACAUUUCUUUGAA